CCUUCCGCACCAACAUUAACAACUUACAACGCAUCAACUUCGUGAAAAUUUUCUUCUCUUCAUCUUCUGCGGCUGUGCAACCAACCAAUUCUGAUUCUUCCUUUUUUUCUGUUGCCUUCAUUUUAGUUUUUACACCUGAAAUGUCGACCUCCUCGGAGUAUUCAGGAUUUUCCGGUAACCGGCCGGCGAAGACGCCGGCGGACAAGUCCACGUUCUCUCAGACUUGCAGUCUAUUGAGUCAAUACCUGAAGGAAAAGGGUACCUUCGGAGACCUUACUCUCGGGAUGACAUGCACCGCCGAAGCAAACGGUUCUUCUUCUGAAGCAUCGUGCCACCCUCCAACAACCAUGGAGUUGUUUCCCACCAUCUUGACACAACGGAACCCUUCUGCUGCUGUGGAUUUCUUCUCUCCGGAGCCUGCUUAUCCUCACCGCUCAGAGCUUCCAACUUUGGUGAAUAUGUCAAGUGGUUUCAGGUCUGUGGAGAAGGAGCCUAAACCUGCUCCAAUGACAAUCUUUUAUGCUGGACAAGUGAUUGUGUUUAAUGAUUUUCCCCCUGAAAAAAUGGAGGAGAUAAUGGCACUGGCAAGCAAGGGAAUGUCCCAAAGCCCAAACUACCAGGCAUAUGCUCACACUAGAAACCAGCAAGGAAAUCAUACUUCCUUUGUUGCUAAUGUCCCCCCUCAAUCACCCUCCAUACCAAUUGUCCGAGAUCUUCCAAUUGCGAGGAAAGUUUCACUUCAUCGGUUCUUCGAGAAGAGAAAACAUAGAAUUGCUGCCAAUGCGCCAUAUCAAACAAACAAUCUCAACUCUGUUUCAAAUAAGCAUGCCGCAGAAUCCAUUCCAUGGCUUGGAUUUGGUGUUCCAUCAAAACAAAUCUGAGGGAAAUUGCAGUGUUAAGUAGUUUUAACCAUUUUUUUCUUCUUUGUUUGAUUUGCUAGCUCUUUGUUAGUUUCCACACACUACCUUGACUAUGGCAAAUCUAAACAUUAGUAACAAUACUAAAAGUAUUAGAUGAAGGUUUCGAUUUAUAAUUCUAAAUAUUUGCCCCGAGCAGUGCUUCAAAUUCUUGUGUUCAUUAUUGUUAUAUUUUUAUUUCAUCGUACUUGAUGUUUAAGUAAUAUUUUGAUAAA